AUGGCCUCCAAACGCUCAGAAGAAACCGUGCAAGACGAAAAAUUUGAAGAAGAGUUUGUGCAGGACAACAAGGUCUCAAUCGUCGAAGAGUCCAGGGAGGAUAGCAUAUCCUAUCAUCAGCUUCCAACCCAUCAGCUCGAUACUGGUAAUGAGUAUGCCAAGUUUCGUCAGAAAUGGUGGCAGUUGUGGUUACCUAAGGACCUACCACCUCCAGUUCCCCCGUCUAUGGAGGACGCAGCGCUGACGCCUUUGGCCGAUGCUUCGAUUUUCUCUCAGUUCACUUACACCUGGAUUACCAGUUUAAUAGUUCUAGGGUAUCAACGCACACUACAAGCGCCUGAUCUAUAUAAAAUAGAUCCAUCCCGAGAGUCAGCCGUCCUUGCCGCUAAACUCGAAGCUGCAUGGCAGCGGCGCGUCGCCGCAGCAGCCGAUUGGAACGCACGUCUUGAGAGGGGAGAGCUCAAGUCGUCUGUGUUGAAGCGUACCAGUUGGGCCUUGCGGGCAAUUUACACCAAAAAACAGAUACAAGACGCAACUUGGGCCGAGCGACGUGCGGCAUUUCGCAAAUAUUGGCAAGAACAUGAAGGACGGAAAGAGGCUAGCCUUACAUGGGUUUUGAACGAUGUCUUCGGUAAUUUAUUCUGGAUCGGAGGCGUGAUCAAGGCACGAGGCUUCCUCAUAAUGCAAAACAUUGUCUUUGCAGAGGAGCGUUCCGCAGCAAUUGCUGCCGGAGAACCUGCCCCCAAUAUCGGUCGCGGUAUCGUCAUGGCUUUUGGGCUCUUUGUGCUUAGCUUGACCCAAAGCAUCUGCACGUACCAGUUCUACUGGCGUUCAAUGGCAACAGGCAUAUUGACCAGAGCCGCACUUAUAACGUGUAUUUAUGAGCGUGGGGUGAACCUCACAGGCAAAGCACGUGUCAAACUCAGCAACGCCACACUGAUUGAUGCCGCUGCUCAGUGGUUUGUGACCUGGACCGCGCCUAUCCAGGUCAUAAUUUGUCUGAUCAUUCUGUUAACCGAACUCGGACCGUCUGCGCUCGCUGGUUUAUCUCUAUUCAUUCUUUUCUUUCCACUUCAAAGGUGGUUAAUGACGCUACAACACCGUAUGCGCGUGGGGUCAAUGAAGUGGACUGACCAGCGUGCCAAAGUUCUACUAGAGGUACUUGGGGGUAUACGAGUGGUCAAGUACUUCUCCUAUGAGGUUCCUCUCCUGAAAAGGAUCUUCGAGCUAAGAAAGAAAGAAUUGCAGGCCAUCCAAUGGAUCAUUCAUGCAGCAUCGAUGAACUUCACAAUGCACGACUUCAACGUUGCUGCCAUUUUCGCACCGCUGAGUCUGUUCCAGGUGAGAUGCUGUCCAGCGGCAUACAUAGCUGUUCUAAACGAUAAACAGAUUCUCCGGCAACCAAUGAUGUUAUUGCCACAAGCUCUGUCUGCGAUCCUUGAUGCAUUUAGCGCGAUCCAGCGGCUCACGCAUGUUUUCCGUGCAGAGCUUAUUCUAGAAGGUGCUCUCGUGAUCAACACGGACCAAGAACCUGCGCUUGUGGUGAAGGAUGCGACGUUUGAAUGGGAGUCUUUCGAGAAAGAAUCUAGUAAAGUUUUCAGCUGGGAGAAGGGCGAGGGUAAGGACAAGAGCACGAAAGAUGACAAGUUGAAGGAACAGCCCACUCAUGGAAAGGACGCACUCUUUAGGGUCAAGAAUGUGACCAUGACAAUUCCGCGAGGUCAGCUGGUCGCCAUUGUCGGGUCUGUCGGAAGUGGCAAGUCCAGUUUGUUGCAGGGAUUGAUUGGGGAGAUGAGGAAGGUCUCCGGGUAUGUUUCAUUUGGCGGUCGCAUUGGCCAUUGUCCGCAGACCACAUGGGUCCAGAAUGCAACCUUGCGCAAUAACAUCACUUUCGGCCAACCAUUCGAGGAAAGUAGAUAUUGGCGCAUUGUCGAGACCACUUGUCUACUUCCUGAUCUCCAGCUGCUUCCAGACGGGGAUACGACCGAGAUCGGAGAAAGGGGGAUCAAUCUCAGCGGUGGCCAAAAGCAGAGAGUCAACGUCGCUCGUGCUCUGUACUUUGACCCUGAUAUCGUCAUAUUCGAUGACCCGCUUUCGGCGGUGGAUGCACGUGUCGGAAAGUCCUUGUUCCAAGAUGCCAUCGUGGGAGCCCUGCGAAAUUGUGGUGUCACCGUCAUUCUGGUCACACAUGCGAUACACUUCCUCUCUCAAGUAGAUCACAUCUAUGCUCUGAACAAUGGCGUCAUCACAGAGAGCGGAACCUAUGAACUAAUCUCCCUCGGCGGGGACUUUGCGCGUUUGAACCUCGAGUUCGGUGGUCGUGCGUCUGAGGGUAAAGAUAACGACCGAAGAGAGGAAGUCACUCCGCAGACAGGCGUCACUAUCGAGCUCGCGAAGUUGAAGUCAGAAAGAGCCAGAGAAAAGGCUGCUGGCAGCGGUAGACCUGAAGGUCGCUUGAUGGCCCAAGAGAAGCGGUCGACCGGCUCUGUGUCAUGGAGAGUGUACUUGACGUACUUGAUUGCAGGACGCGGUCCUAUCACAGUACCUGUGGUACUUUUCUUCAUGGUCAUGAUGCAAGGAAGCCAGGUCUUGAACUCGUAUACACUAGUUUGGUGGGAGAGCAACAAAUUCGACCGACCAAACUCGUUCUAUCAGACGCUGUAUGGCUGCCUCGGGGUUUGUCAAGCGGUCUUUACAUUCUUGUUUGGUGCUGGAAUGGAUUUCGUUGCCUCUUAUGUGUCUCGAAACAUGUACCAGAAGUCCGUACGCAAUGUCUUGUACGCACCCAUGUCCUUUUCCGACACUACGCCUAUGGGCCGAAUCCUGAGCAUUUUUGGCAAAGACAUCGACAGUAUUGAUAAUCAGUUACCAAAGACGAUAAGAAUGUCUUUCCUUUCGUUGUCCACUGUUAUGGGCUCUAUGAUUAUUGUUGUUAUCCUUGAACUGUACUUCAUUAUCGCUGUCUUCUUCAUUGCCAUCGGUUACGGCUACUUCGCUGCCUUCUAUCAAGCUAGUGCCCGUGAGGUCAAGCGCUUGGACUCCAUGCUUCGCUCUCUUUUGUAUGUUCAUUUUUCUGAGACCUUGACUGGACUUCCCACCAUCCGAAGCUACGGAGAAAUGAGCCGGUUCGUUGCCGCCAACAGAUAUUACGUUGAUCUGGAGGACGGAGCUUUAUACCUCGUAAUCACAAACCAAUGCUGGCUUGGCCUAAGAUUGGAGUUCAUAGGAUGCAUGUUAGUCUUCUUUGUAACCCAGAUAGGGUUGGUACUAACGUAUACCCUAUCGUGCAGUGUCAUGAUCAAACGGACUGCGGACGUCGACAAUUACAUGAAUGCAGUGGAACGCUUGGUGGAAUAUUUCGAUGGCACCACAAUCCCCCAGGAGGCACCACAUGAGAUCGAAGCAUGCAAACCCCCGGCUCAAUGGCCUAAACAUGGCGCCAUCGAAUUUAACAAUGUUAAGAUGGCAUAUAGACCAGGCCUUCCUGAUGUAUUGAAGGGCAUCUCGGUCAAAGUCGCAGGAGGUGAGAAGAUAGGUGUCGUCGGAAGGACUGGUGCCGGUAAAUCUUCCUUGAUGCUUGCGUUGUUUCGAAUCGUCGAGUUGUCUGGUGGUUCAAUUACUAUCGAUGACAUCGAUAUAUCUACGAUUGGUCUUGAAGACCUCCGCUCCAGGAUUUCCUUCAUUCCGCAAGAUCCUCUUCUCUUCAGUGGGACCAUCCGAUCCAACCUGGAUCCAUUCUCUCAACACAGUGAUGUGGACCUAUGGGAUGUGCUACAUCGAUCUUGUCUUGUUGAUUCUAGCGCCACCUCGAAUCCCUCAUCUCACAGCGAUGACAUCUUGAGAGAGCAUUCUUAUACCAAACGCCACGACCUUGACAAGACGAUUGAAAUAGAGGGGGCAAACCUUAGUGUUGGAGAAAGAUCUCUACUCUGUCUAGCUCGUGCGCUGGUGAAAGAUUGCAAAGUCGUCGUGCUUGAUGAGGCGACAGCUUCUGUCGAUCUCGACACCGAUAGUAAGAUCCAGCAUACUAUUCAGACAUAUUUCAAGGACCGUACGCUGCUUUGCAUUGCUCACCGGCUUCGAACUAUCAUUUCGUACGACCGCAUUCUGGUCCUCGACGCUGGCAUUGUUGCAGAAUUUGACACUCCAUCCAAUCUUUUCAAGAGGGAGGGUGGGAUUUUCCGCGGAAUGUGCGAAAGGAGUGAAAUCUCCUUGACGGAUAUAGAGACGAGUUGA